AUGGCCGCGCUGCGCUUCUCCACGCCGGCCGACAGCGGGCUGCCCCCGGAGAGCUUCUCGUCGUCCUCCUCCUCCCGCCUGUCGCCCAUCGGCGGCCCGUGGCGCCGGAGCCGCCUGCAGGAGAAGGAGGCGCUGCGGGAGCUGAACGACCGCCUGGCCGCCUACAUCGAGGGUGUGCGCGGCCUGGAGGCGGCCAAGGCGGCGCUGCAGCGGCGCCUGGCCCAGGACGAGGCGAGCGGCGACCGCCAGGGGCGCCUCCUGCGGCAGCGCUUCGAGGGCGAGCUGGCCGAGGCGCGCCGCCUGCUCGACGCCCAGGCCGCCCAGCGCGCCGCCCUGCAGCUCCAGCUGGCCGCUCUCCGCGACGAGCACCGCCAGCUGCGCGCCAGAAAUUCUAAAAAAGAAAAUGAGUUAAGCGUUGCAGUGACUCAGAUAAGGGACUUAAAUGUUCAGCUCCACUCCACGGAGGCUGACUUGGCAACAGCCUUGAGUAGACAACGGAGCUUGGAGAAGGACCUUCAAGAGUCAAAGGAUCAAAUCACCUCUCUGAAGGAGACGUUGAAAGAUACCAAAAACCACCUUCAAAGCGAGAGGUUGAAGAGGGUAGAUUUGGAAAACCAAACACAAACACUGCAAGAACAAGUGAUGUUCCUGAAAAACCUCCAUGAAGACGAACUUAAAAGGAAGAAGAGCUUUUACGAGAGCAAGAUACAAGAGAUAGAGUCUGGCCGUCAGCAGGAGUUUGAGAGUAAAUUGCUGGAUGCCCUCCAAACACUCCGACAGGAGCACGAACAACAGAUUGAGGAAUACAAAGAGCAGGUGGAACGGAAUUUUGCUGCCAAAGUGGAGAAUGCCCAGCUCUCUGCUGCAAAAAACAGUGAUUUUGCCAACUGUGCCAGGGAGGAGCUCAAGAAAACAAAAGUGAGAAUUGAGGCAUUGACAUCACAGAAUGCUGCAUUGGAGACCAGGAUAAGCGAAUUGGAGACCAAGAUCAGGGAGCUGCAGACGACGAUUGACUGUGAACGCGACACGCACAAAAGAUGCGUAGCCGAGAAGAACAGAGAAAUGGCAGAAGCACAGCAACGGAUGCAAGCUCAGCUGGAAGAAUACGAACAUCUACUAGACGUAAAACUGGCUCUGGAUUUGGAGAUCAGUGCAUACCGGGCGAUGCUGGAAAAAGAGGAGAUGCGGCUAGGACUGUCCAAACUCUCCUCGGAAAGUGUCAGCAUGCAUGCUACGGCCAGCCGGGGCCGCCUCUUCCUACAAGGAAAGAAAAGGAAACGGACUAUAGCGGAAAAGCGAGGCCCCAAGUUUGGUUUCAAGGAAGUCCAGCAUGCUUCAUCUUCGGGAAGCAUCUCUAUAGAAGAAAUUGAUGUAGACGGGAAAUUUGUCAGAAUUAAAAACAAUUCUGAUAAGGAUCAGUCACUAAGUGGAUGGACACUUAGAAGAGAACACAGAAACGAAUCCGACGUAAUGUACCAUUUUCCGACUCGAUUCACUCUUCAGGCUGGUCAAGUAGUUUCAAUCUGGAGUGCAACAGAUGAACCCCAGGAGCUUGGCUUGACACUUGUCUGGAAAUCCCAGAAGUCGUGGGGAAGCGGAGAGAAUGUCAGCAUCGCGCUCCUUAAUGCCAACGGGGAAGAAACUGCAGAAAGAAAGAUCAUCUAUGCCGAAAGAGGAGGAGGUGGCCGAGAAGGGGAGGAGGAAGAGGAAGUAGCUGAGGAAGAAGAUACAGAGCUUCACGCUGAACAAAAUGGAAGCCACAUCUGUCCAAUCAUGUAGUCAAGAGAAGGUGGAGAACAUCUGCAGAGACUUCCUUCAUCUAAAAAUGGUGCGGUACCAUCUGCCGAGAAUUGUUUUUGGAUUACGCAUGAGCCAGGCUGCUGUGUUUAACUGCCGCGCUGCCUACGCCUUAGCUGGGUUGGGAGUGGAUAGCCCCUUUCAAGCUGAGUGGCGUUGAACUGGGGGUUCUGAAUUGUUGGGAAGUGAACAGGUGUAUAUUUGCUGGUAGUUUUUUGUUGUUGUCCUAAUGUAACUGCUUUGCCACCACAUAUUUUAGAAUAAAAUGGCUUGGCCUCUGGUAUUUUAGCAGACCUAAAAAUUUCACUGUUGCACUUUCUCACAUCCCAAUUAGCAGGUGGU